UAGUUUUUAUCUUCUGGAUAUGCAUGGUGUACGUUUUCUCAACAUUUUGUUUCAUGGAAAAUUUGGAAAGUUAAUAUCUUUCGUCGAACUUUCAAGUCAAGACCAUCACACACAGUUGAGGAAAAAGCUGUAUGUUCCUCGAGUUGAAGACAAGAAUAGUAAUAUGAGGAUGCUACACAUCUCAACGACUGAAGAUCUGAUAGCGAGUUCGAUGAAUAUAUUUGAACCAUCUCCAACAGAUGCUAGUGGAAAUCUUCGUGAGGAUGCUAUGCUUGCAAGCGAGCCGGUUGAUAUUUUUCUUUUACCUGGUGUUGCCUUCGACAGGCAGGGACAUCGUCUUGGCCGUGGUGGGGGAUACUAUGACGUAUUCCUAAAGAAUUACCAGGAGCUUGCUAAGGAACAGAAGUGGAAGCAACCUCUCCUAAUUGCUCUUGCUUACUCUCUCCAAAUCAUUGAUGAAAACGAGAUUCCAGUGACUGAAAACGAUGUUUCUGUAGAUGCUCUCGUCUCACCAUCAGGUCUUAUUCCGAUCACUCCUGCAUCAUUUAAGGAUUUGUGAUUAACGCCUCUCUUGUCACCCAAUCUACUAAUUAAUAACAUCACAUAUUGGUUAGAGUUGUAUUUAUUGAUCUACUAAAUUUUAUAUUAAUAUUGCUGUUACUUCA